CCCCACGGACUCACUCUCACUUUCAGCAGCUUUACGCACGCACCGAUCCAAGAGCUCCUCUCUGCCGCUCACUGUGGACACACCAAUUAAAACAGCAAUGGCAGUCAUAAUUAGAAACGAGGUUUUCUCCUGUUUUGUUUUCUACGGCGUGCUCCUGGUGAUUAAAAUGUACAUUAUUGCGAUAAUAACGGGACAACUGAGGCUGCGCAAAAAGGCUUUUGCCAACCCCGAGGACGCGUUGAGACACGGAGGUUUACAGUAUCACAGAGAGGAUCCAUAUGUGGAAAGAACUCGGAGAGCUCACAUGAAUGACUUGGAGAACAUCCUCCCCUUCCUCUUCCUGGGUGCCAUCUACUCCCUGACCGGACCUUCGCUGGCCGUGGCCCGCCUCCACUUCCUCAUUUUCUUUGCGGGCCGUGUGCUGCACAGCAUUGCCUACUUGUUUGCCCUGCGAGCGCCGACCCGCUCCCUGGCCUACACCGUCGCCCAGAUACCAUGCGUCUCCAUGGCUCUGCAGAUUCUCCUUGCGGUUGCAGCGUACGCCUAAAUAUCCAGAAACGAGGGAGUGAAGUAGAAGUGGUGCUCUGGCUCAUGUGAUGUCAGUUAUCAUUUGUGGCCUGUGUCAGAAAAAGCAGGAUGAUACAGAGAGGCCUAUUGGGAGGGAGAACAUAAAAGACAAGAAUAUCAGUGUGAGUGCAAUAUACUGGGAGGUGUGUGAUUACACCAGUGCUGGGCUUUGUCAGUAUUUUUUAUUGUUUUAUUACAAAUGUGAGAAUGUCUCAAAAGUUCAUUGAAGUUGACAUCUUGUGCUGUUCUGUGUUCAAUGCAAAUGAAGGUUGUUGCUCUUUUUUUUUUUUGUAAACCAGGUUUUGUUGAAACAAUGAUGGAAUUUGAAAUUCACUGACAGACAGUCGUAGACUUUUGGCUCGAGCCACUUGGAAAUAUUUUUCCGUCACCGCACUGCACAGCAUGUUGAUCCUUGUCCCCUUCUUUGUGUUUACACACAACACAGACCACCAUUCAUGUGGUGUUGCAUCCACCGUGGCCGUUUGUCUGUUUCCUGUGUGGAUAUUCCAUCUGUUGUUUGAGUAUUACCUUCAACUAAAGCUCCUGGCAUGAUGACUGACAAUGUGUGGAAAGACUGUAAUAGCACUCGGUGGAAUACAAGUUAAUGCUUUUGCUGUAAGAGUUAAAACUGUCUCUCAAGUUCCUCGUGAGGAAGAUAAAAGGAAUUUGGACUGAGAAACUAAUCUUACAUGUGUUCUGAUAUGUAAGGUUUUCAUUUGAUCUGUGAAAACGAAUUUCAAGACUGUUUUUAAAGUAUUGUAAUAAUUUAUAACGCAGUUUAUUGAAUACAUAGAUAUGUUUUUGUAGGCAAUAAAACAAAUCAAAACCAA